UUCCGUGAAACUUGCGAUCGUCUAUUUUAUAUAUUUUUAAAUAAAAUUUUGUGAUCGAGUUUGGAAUGUGAUGGCAUUCAGAUUGCAAUUAAAAGAGUUGUCAAAUCCAGUCAAAUAUGUAAGCAAUAUAGCAUAAUAGCAUGAAGAUGCUGAAUGGCUGAGUUGUUGUUGUACAUAUGUAAUUUUAAUAACAUUAUAUUUUUGUAAGCAUUUUUUAAAUGAAAAUGAAUGUAGUCGUUCGUCAGUGGUGUGCGUGAUUGUAGUGUGCCCCAAACAUGUAUUUCCCAAUCGGUUGGCCAAAGGUGCUCCAGAUUCCUGAUCUUGGAGGCACACACAUUAAGCAGGUCACAUCGAACAGGGACAGAAUCCUGUUUGCCAUCCUCACAGACGAUACCCUAUCCAUUUGGUUCUGCAAGCCUUGCGUUCCAAUUGUUUACCAUCAAAGACCCAAACAGUCUUUGGAGAAAUUUGGAACAAAUGUUAUUGUCGAAUGGAAACCAGACUCAAGUAAAUUAGUUAUUGCUACUUCAGAAGGACACCUCCUGUUUUACACCCUGAAUGUUAUUGUCGAUCAGAAGGGACUUUACAUUCAGACUGAUUCACCACAUGCCAAUUUAAGGAGGGACAGUGCCGAGCUGUUCAUUAAGGAAAUCAUACCACCUCUGCAUUUAACUCUGAGCGAAGAGGCUUUGCUAUGGGACGGAGCAAUAACGAGCAUUGCCUGCAUUACCAUGACCGAGAUUAUGGUCGCAACAACGAAAUCUCAUGUCUUGAGGUACAAAUGGGAUGGAACCCAGAACAGAGACUACAAUUUGGAUUUGCGCAGAAUUCCUUUCUGCAUCAACCAGCAAGUAUCAAAAGCCAUUCCAAUUGUCGAGGAAAAUACUUUUAUAAUUGAUAUUGAAUACUCUCCGCUUGUCGGUGGAUUUGCCAUUGUAUUGAACGACGGACGCGCUGCCUUUUUAACAGCCUCCUCGUUGAGGUUCGAUCCCAAUCAAGUUCAAGGGAUUUGGGCCCAAGGCAUCGAAGACGCGACUUGCGCUAGUGUCAAUCACAAAUACAGAUUGAUAACUUUUGGUAGAGAAAAUGCUGAGUGCAUAGUGUAUCACAUAGAUGAAAGCACGGGUGGAUUGGCUGUGUCUCAUGCUUGCACUUUAAGUAGUAAAGAUUAUCCAGGAUCUCCGGGUCCGGUCCACGAGAUCUGCUGGACUCCGGAUGGUUGUGCCAUGGCUGUAUCUUGGAAGAGAGGAGGCAUAGCAAUGUGGUCGACGUUCGGAGCUCUGCUGAUGUGCUCCUUGGCCUGGGAUUACGGUUUACACGUCGAUCUUCAGAAACGCAAUCCACUCCAUGUGAUCUCAAUGGAAUGGGGAACGGAAGGAUAUCAACUGUGGAUGGUCCAUAAACUGUAUGAUAAGACGAGCAAUAACGAACAGAAAGACACCAAUGGCAAUGACGAGGCAUGCGAAAUUGACAACGAAGAAGCCAAUGCCACCAACAUGAUCCAAAUGGACUUCGCCAAAAGUGCUUUGACAAUAAAUCCGUGCAUGAGUCACCAAAGCCAUUUGUAUCUGCAAGGCGAGGAUAAGCUUUACAUAAACUCGGCCGAUACGUUGAUCAAGAUUUUCUCGGAUCGGUCUAAGGAGGAUAACGUUUUUGGAGAUGCUGGUUCGCCAUUAUCAACAAACUCGUUGGCCGAAGGUCGUCAAUGGUUGGUUCUACCCACUCCAUCUACGUAUUCAGCUACCAAUUGGCCAAUUAGAUAUUCAGCGAUCGAUCAAGAUGGUCAGAGUAUGGCCAUUGCGGGUCGUACCGGGUUAGCACAUUACUCGAUGCAAUCCCGCCGAUGGAAACUCUUCGGCAACGAAAGCCAAGAAAAAGAUUUCAUUGUUUCGGGCGGUCUGCUCUGGUGGCACGACUACAUGGUAUUGGGAUGCUACAGUAUAAUCGAUAAUGGCGACGAGAUCCGAUUGUACCCGAAAGAAUGUAAACUCGACAACAAAUUCGCCAAGAUUAUCCGAGUGUCCGCCCCUGUCUUGCUUAUGAACAGCCUUCAAGAUCAGCUGAUCACUUUCGGUUCGGAUGGACAAGUUACCAUUUGGCAUUUGAGGCAAUUCGAUUCAGUUGGUUAUGUGGAAGUAAACAAGAUGCAGGUGAUCGAUAUUUCAGCGCUCUGCAUUCAUCCAGCGUGUAUUGUAUCGAUUACAUUGACUACGCUACGUACUGAGAGCGGGCGUGGCCAAAACAACAACUCCGAGAGUAUGGUUUUGAAUAUAAGUGGGCGUCUCCUGAUGGUCCAAAGGGAAGCCAAGAACGGCGAUCGGUACACUUGUUCCAUGCCAACUGUAUUGGCCAGUUGCGUGGAGAAUGUAUGGGUCCCUAGCAAGAGGAAAGCUGAUAAAGCUCAUUUAACCGAAGCUUUAUGGUUGUUCUGUGGUUCCCAUGGAAUGCGAGUCUGGUUACCGUUAUACCCCAGAGACGGUGACAAAAGCCACACCUUCAUGUCGAAACGGAUUAUGUUACCCUUUCAUUUGCGUAUAUAUCCUUUAGCAAUACUAUUUGAAGAUGCUAUUAUUUUGGGGGCUGAAAAUGAUACAGUCUUGUAUACGACUGAUUCUAAUUCCCCAUUCUCACUGCCCUUUAACGUUCUCCAACGUACUAGUCAAGUAUAUUUACACCAAAUUCUGCGCCAACUUAUAAGAAGAAAUUUGGGAUAUCAUGCGUGGGAAAUUGCAAGGAGCUGUACAAGUCUACCAUAUUUUCCACAUUCUCUCGAAUUGUUAUUACAUGAAGUUUUAGAGGAAGAAGCUACGAGUAAAGAGCCAAUACCUGAUGCCCAAUUGCCGAGUGUGAUUGAGUUUAUAAUGGAGUUUCCGGUUUAUCUGCAAACCGUGGUCCAGUGCGCCCGAAAAACUGAAAUUGCGCUCUGGCCAUACCUAUUCUCUGCUGCUGGUAAACCGAAGGAUCUCUUCCAAGAGUGCAUGGCUAAUAGGCAUCUAGAUACAGCAGCCUCUUAUUUAAUUAUCCUUCAAAAUUUGGAAACUUCUUCAGUCAGCCGCCAGCAUGCUACGCUCUUGUUGGACACCGCUUUGGAUCAAUCCAAAUGGGAGCUGGCCAAAGAUCUAGUACGAUUUUUACGUGCGAUCGACCCAAAUGACGUGGAAUCUCCUCGUAAUUCGAUGAUUCUACCCAAUAAAUUGAGUUUAUCGCAGACUACGCCUCCGGUGUCACCGAACGCCGAAGACAUCUCGCUUAUACUCGGAAACGUGCAAAGGGCGCGCAGUUUUAGCACGACUAUCACGCCGAAGUUACCUGAAGCUAAAGUGAGUUUGGCCGCAAGUACAAUCGCUGAAUCACCUGUUGUUAUGAGGAGGAAGAAAAGCGUGACAGGGGGAACAACUAAAAGCGAAAAUCGUGAUUCCACCAGUAGCAACACAGCUGAAGAGUUCUUCAUUGAUGUUAUCCUGCAGAGACACGCCCGUCGGUUGUUGUCUUUGCGUCGAUUAUCGGAUCUCGGCUAUUUUGCCGCUCAUCUGGAUUUCCAUUUAGUCGCGUGGUUGGGGAAAGAGCGUGAACGCGCUGCAAGGAUCGACGAUUUCGUGGCGUGUCUCAAACAGUUGCACGAGGAUUUCAGUUGGCCCUAUCCGGCCGAACUCAAUGUUCUUCCCAAUUCUGCUCAAUCAUUACCGGAAAGUCCGAACAUCGAUGAUAAAUUCAAAGCUCUUCAUAUCGAUACGUCCAUAAAUGUGCCUUCGUCGAGGGUCGGCGACUCGGGGUACAUGAGUUUUACGGGCGUGCCUUGCGUCGCCGGUCUGGUGACUCCUCAGAAUACUAUCGAGAUGUCGUCGCAGGUGACGGAGACGAACGCCAGCGAAAUCACGGAGAUGGAUGCAUCAUCUCCGAAGCCCAUGUUCUAUGAUGAUGGGUUCGAGAAGAAGAUCAAUCUGUUUGACGCUAACGCUAAGAGUCGGACAAGCAUCGGCAACUACCGAAUGAUGGAGACUCAAAUUCGUGCCAACGCAGCAAUGGACGAUAUGAGUGUUAUCAGCUCCGUCUGGGGCGAAGAUCGCGAUUUCGUCAAUACCGGAGGUAGCGAAAACUGGGAAGUGCCGUCCACGCAGAUCCUGGAACAACUGUCUAAUGGCGGGAACAAAGGAUCACAGAGAUCUGAAGUUCAAUUAAGGUAUUUAUUGCAAUUAUUUAUGGAAGCGAGUUGCCUGGAGUGGUCUUUGCUAAUUUCCGUGUUAUUGCGCGAUGCAUUGGCUGUUUUGAGGACCGUGAAUGCUGCGAAGUCACCUGAUCAGUCCAUAGAGUCUGUGAAACGUCUUAAACAGGGACUGCAAAUCCUCCAUUACUGGACUCAUUCUCAAUGUCUUGGUUACAAACCGUUUAUGCUGGCAAUCCAAAAUCAAAUAUCCGUCCUGUCAACGAUUCUGGCGACUAAAAUCCAACAUCAACAGAUUUUGGACCACCAGCGAGUCGUGUCCGCGACUCUGAGCAAAGUGUCCUCCCCGAUUCCAGUCCAAAGGACACGCAAGGCCAGUUCUAAUAACGAAUCCGUGGGAAGCCACACUGCAAAGAGCAGCGUGUCCAGUAACAUUGCGACAAAGGAACGCCUCAGUGAAGUGAGCACCAAUCAUCAUCCGCCUGACGUUCCGAACAAUUUGCCGGAAACGUACGAGGCGUCAAUCAUUCCAGAGAGCACAACCUGCAUCCUCUCUUAAACACACACGCCCCGCCCAUUAGUGAGUAAAAAUUAUGUACAAAUUUACGUAUUUUCUUUACAGUUGGUGGUGUUUGAAUUAUAAUUAUUAUUUCUGUUAAUUUACAUCUGUUACGUGUUGCACUAAUUUAUUAACUUUUAUAUGUGUGUUUGUGUGAUUGAAUUCAUCCAGGUCAAGUCAAUUAGUGUAAAGAAGAAAAUUAUUUCCCAAAAUUAAUAGUGAAUCAUAUCAUCAGAAACGUAUUUUAUAUAUAGACUUGGGAGAUAAACAAUAAUAUUUUAUAUUAUUUUUAAUUUAGUAUUUAUAGGCGUAAUCAAUUUAGGAAAUAAAAAGUCUAGUGAAUGUAUUGUUUAAAAAAUUGCGUAAAGCAUUAGUAAAUUAUAAAAAUCAAUACAGACAGGUUCGACUAUAGUUCUCGUUCGUAAUAGUCGAUGAACUUAGUGGUCCUUACUUCUUUUGUAGAUGAAAAAUAAAGUUAUAUACCAGAUUUUUUUUUGCGAUGAGUGGGCUAGAUAGAGCAAGCAAAGAAAAGCAUACUACAGUUGUCAAUUUUUUUGAUAUGGAUUCCUUUU